AUGCCCGGCAAGCUCAUCGCUGCACGUACGAUUUCCAACGGACCUCCUCCCCCUGCUCGUGAAGCGGCCUCCCGCUCCGGCUCUGUCGCUGGCUCCAAAUCCAGCCCCGCUUCCACCAACUCUUCGAACAUAAGUAACGACUCCGCCGAAUUCGUGUCCAAAGUCGGCUUCGACAUCCCCGCCGAGCAGCAGUCGGUGUUCCGAUCGGCUGAAACUGACACGGCGCCUGGCGAACGGUUAGGAGGGGUGCUGGGAAAGGGUGAGGCGAUUCCGACGAUGGGGAGCGGUGAGACUGGUCCUGGGACCAACACACAACCCAUAGGAUUCGACACCUCCGCGUUUACUUUGACUGCGGAUGCCAGGGCUGGGGCUUCAGAGCAUCUGGGCGCCACUGCGGCUGCUGGAACGGGACUUCCGCAUCCCGGACAGCGUAGGGUUACGCCUGGAGCUUCUCCCGGACGAGAAUACGACAUUCCAUUCGAACAGGAGUCGGUGCUCAGAUCCGUCCUGGCACAAGCCGGUGGAAGGAGGACCGAUUCGAGCUUCAACUAUCCGCUGUUGGGGACCGGAGGGCAGAGAGCCAGUGCUGCUUCCUCCCUAGCCAACCUCCGAGGUUUUGCGACCAACAAUUCCAACUUUUCGGGCACCCAGCUGGAGCCCGGCCCUGUCUCCAGGCUCUCUUCCAUGUUGACAGCGUUGAUGGUACUUGGUUUGGGUAUCACUGCUUACUCGAUUGGGAACCUAUCCAAUUCUCUAUCACUCUGGCCCAUGUCCCUUCGAAGCGACCUUCGCGCGGGCCUCGACGAGUCAGUCAAUCCCUCCCCCGAGUCCAGACAGCUGGCCGCAGACUAUCUGUCCCGCGCUUGGUCACGCGCCCUUGAACUCCCUAUCUCGAGAUUUGGCGACGAAGAUCCGCAUUUGAAGCUGACCGGCAUUGCCCUUGCCCUUGGCGGAAUCCUCGAAGAGGACGGCAACAUUCAAGAUGCGUACACCGUCUACAAGCAGGCGUUGACUAGCUUGCAGGUGGGGUUGGGGUCAGAGAUUGGCUCGUCGACCUCUGUCCUUCCGACCACUUCUGCGUCUGCUAUGAAGGCGGAAGCGAUGGAGAGAGCCACUAACCCACUGUUGCCGAGCCUUUCCACACGUGAACGCAUGCGUGCUGUGGGGUUGUCCUAUAAAUUGGCUGAGUUGGCAGAGGAGCUGAAAUUGCCAAAGUCGGAGCAGGAGAAGUGGCUGGUGUACAGCUCCGACACAGUCAUCGCUGACGUUUUGGAGAGCGAAGAGUUGGCCCGGGUCACGACGGUAGAGGAGGAUGUAUCCAACCUUGAUGGUAGUGUGGUCGAAAUGUCCCAGGAAGUCGUUGGUCAGCUCAAUCCUCCCUGGUGGGCCCAAGCACGCGAUUUAGCUGCUCCAUUGGUGGCUUUGGGUAAGUUCUAUGUGAAUGAAGGCAAGGUUGACGACGCGAUUCCACUUUAUGUCCAAGCAAUCAACAUCCUCAACCCUCCUGAAGGCACUGCCAAUGUCAGUGACCGAUGCCAUGCCGCUCAGCUCAUGGGCAACGUCUCUGAGCUCAUGGUUCGUUCUGCAAUCGGUUCGAAUCCCAAGUCCUGGGACACGUCACCCUCCUUCGCCUCCUCCGUCUCGUCCUUUGCCCCGAUUAUCCCAGGCCAUCCUUCGGUCAAGUCCUCGAACAGCAAUCCUAACUCGGCCGCCCUGUUGCGUGAAGCCGAAGGGUGGGCGAUUGAAGGUCUGGGGACCGCCCAAAGUGCGCAGAGGGCAGAUAAAUUCGAUCACAAUCCCGACUGUGAAAUGGCGCACGCCUUGAACUUGUUCAACCUAGCAGUACUGAGAGAGUUGAAUGGUGAACAAUCCAAUGCUCGAACUCUGUUUACGCAGUCGUUGGAGGAGUCCAAGGGUAUUGGGUUCAAAGAAGGUAUCAAAAACGCCGAGCGGGCAAUUAGGAACCUUGGGUCGAACAUUAGCUCUAGUUUCAGCAGGGCAGAGUUGGCCGAACUCGCGUCGUCGUCGUUGGAGUAA